AGUGCAUUAAAAGAAACUGACUAUGAUGCCCCACAAUGGUCUCCGUGCCCUUUCUUGUUGGGAUGAGCUUGUAUUGGUUUUAGUUUCUGAAAUAGUGAGAGGGACAUUUAAUUAUGAUUGCUAUCAGUGGAUUAGACGGAAAGGAAAACCUGCUCCAAGGGAGGUUGCUCCAGUAGUUGUAUCUAACCAUAUUUCAUACAUUGAACCUAUCUUCUAUUUCUAUGAAUUAUUUCCUACAAUUGUUGCAUCAGAGUCCCAUGAUUCCAUACCCUUUGUGGGAACUAUUAUUAGAGCAAUGCAGGUGAUAUAUGUUAACAGGUUCUCACCCUCAUCAAGGAAGGAUGCUGUAAAUGAAAUAAAGAAUUGUGCUUUCAAGGAUCUGAAUACAGAGAAGGGCUUCCAGCGAUAGAUUUCCUAGAGUGCUAUUAUUUCCGGAGGGAACUACAAC